CUCUCCUCUCCGGAUUGGCAUAACUGCAUGAAAUGUGUCCUGAAAUGAUCCCUGCAUCUGUAAAUGCUUGCAUGGUCGCUUGGUGGACGUGCCUUUGUUUUGGAUUUGUGUUUUUCUUUAAUGGGAAAACUGCACGUUUUAUACUUUGCGGGGUGUAGCGUGUGUGUGUGUGUGUGUGUGUGUGUGUGUGUGUGUGUGUGUGUGCGUGCAUUGCAUGGGCUGCAGAAUUCCAGAUGAGCUCCAUUGCAUCGUCUCCUUGGACACACUGGCUGUCAUGCAAAGUUGGGAAUGACGGUUGACUGAGACAAAUCAGUUGUCUGCAGAAAUGACGUGUCUCCUCUUUGUUCCAACCUAUUGCCUUGAGGGGCUCUUCAGAAAAAAGCUUCAAGUUUGCGGGGUGAAGUUAUCUUGUGCUCCUUUAUGUCUGAGUGAUGCAAUGGGUCAAAAUAGUUAUUUUUGGAUGCGUUAAGUGGCUGGUGGUUUGCUAUAGGACAAUGUCGGAAUGAUUUUCUGGGGGUUUGUUGUCACCCUCUUGAUUCCUUAAACGGAUGGAAAAUAGGCCUGCAAGCUGUUGAAUGUUGCAGAGUAAUCUUAUAAAGCAUCCACAUGCCUUCAGUGUCAGACAGUGGAGGUAUGCACUGGUGAGUGGUGUGGUUCAGUGCAGAAUGACAUCACUAAAGAGUCAUGGCAUUUGUCCGGAUUUCCUUUCUCUUUGAUGUUUUUUUUUAUUUUGUUCUUGGUUAGAUGACAGAAUUAUAUCAAAAGUGUUCACUCUGUGUGUGUUAUCUAUGAUUUGUUAUGGUUUUGGAUCAACACCAAUGCAGAUGUGAUUUCAAACUGCUGAUAAGCUAAUGUUUGGGGUGGAGGUGCACCGAUCACCAAUCUUUAAAAAACACCCGACUGGCCGAUUCCGAAUUUGGUCGAUACGAUUUCCCUGCAUGAAAAGUAGCUAAAUUGCUAUUUUGGCAACAGCGGGGUGACUGUUGUUUCACAAGUAGAUGAGGUUGGUGGAUAUUACUGGUUUCUCAUGCAAGCAUCACCCGAUCCGAUGGCGGAUCACCUAAAAUUAAGAAAAUGUGGGCUAAUUUAUUGCUUAGGACCUGAAAUUCUUAAGGUUUACAUUUGAUCCCAAAAUCUUACAUCUUUAUUUUUAGAAAUUUCUUUGGAAGUUUCAAAGCCUUCAUGGCACGAUACAGAACACUGAUCCAAAUAAUGAAUCACGCACAAAAUUUAACUCCAAGCCUUCCAGUUCUGCAUCUUAUUUAGGAAUCUCUGCCAGUAUAAUUGUGUUGUAUGCUAUGUUGGUUAAUUAAUCAGGUAGUGAGUCUGCAUUCAGGCUUCUUAACGGACAUGUGGCUUGCAGCUUUCCAAUAGCAAUUUUUAGUAGCUUUUUUCUACUUAGAGUGACUGGUGCUGCUUGUUACAUUUUUUCACAUUUUCCAGAACAAAAUUAAUCUUUCGGCUACCAAACGUGUGGCCAUCUCACCAGCAAAGCGCAGCAACAGGUUGGGGAGGGAGCAGUGCUUGGUUUUUUGUGUGGUCCACAGAGCAGGAGAGAGUUCACAGUCGCAUAAUGCUUUAUUUAGGGUUCCUAAAAAUAAAUCCCAAACGGAGACUAAAAGUUCUAGUAACUCACUACUACAUGUCUGUAUUGACAGAUAAAUGCUAGAAGUUAUUCACACACAGUUACCAUAUUUAUUCCGGUUUUUUAAAUGGGGAAUUGGAGAUGUCUUACACAUUUUAUGAGUACCACUCCACAGGAAAAAAAGAGCCAAACUCAUGUUGCAUCUUUCUAGUCCGACUGACCUCACAAAACACUUGUGUUCAAAGACACUCAUCCACCAAGCCAAUCUUUCAAACCUUCAUACACCAAAUUGUUGCCUUUAAAUGCCAUGGCUUUCAAGAAGACAUGUACAUGUGGUGGGGAAAGCUAGCAUCAAACCCCCAACUUUCAGAUUGCCAUACAGCUACUCUCCUGACUCCGCUGAGUACCGCUCCACGCUUCCUUUUGUUCUGCCGGCUUGGUCUUUGAAAGCUUGUGUGUGUGUGCAGGAUAUCGAUGGGCUGAUUAGUGAUUUAUGAAUGACCAGAGGCAGCUUCCAUCUCAUCUUUGUGUGUAGAAAAGCGGAGUGUUCUGUGAAAGAGGCAGCAGUUUAGCAUCCCGUUUGGUAAAGGUUUGUCGACAGUUACGAUCUCUAUUCCGAGGCUCAAAGACCCGGUUGUGGGAGAACCCAGAGUUUACUCACCAGAUGUGAUUCUAGCUGUCCUCAUAAAACAUUCAUACUGCGUUGUGCACAGUAGCAUGCAGCACCCUCUACAACAGUGACUUAACUAAAUGACCUUUGCAGAGUGAACAUGUGCAAAUGCAUGCUCUCUCUCUCACUUUUUCUGUCUUGAUUCUUGCAGGUGUGAGGUCGCCGUCCCGAGACCAGAGGUGUCAGUCGGGGAAGAAAAAUGUGGCAGCACCUGUUCACCUUACUCUGGAGGGAUAAGUUCACUGAACAGACAUUUGCUUUAACUUGAAGAGGCCCUACUUUGAUGGAAUUGGGAGCUUAGUGAUGGCAUGAUGGAUUUGAUGGACCGCCUUUGGGAAUCUUUAAGUGGAACCCAGCUCGAUUGAGUGACUUGAUGCAGUUUGGAAUUUCCUCUAAAAGUCUUUAUCUCUUGGAUAUUACCCAUUUGUGUUGGAUCUAACCAACUGACAACACCUUCUGGGAUAUUGUGGAAGUUCUCCUCCAGAGGCUUUUCACUCAAAGGUUUGAGACUUUCGAGGGCGGUGGGUUUUCACCUGGAUGUUCGCCAUGAAGGACGUGGACGGACCUCGGUCUAGCAACCAGCGGAAAAAGAGGAAGUCGAGGUCGGAGAGGAAUCGGAAGAGGAGAUCGAACGGGAUAAGGAGCAACCACGUCAAAGGCUCGGUGUUUCGCCUCUCCUCAGACUCCGAGCGGGAGGCGGAACGGGAGCCCUCCUCGUCCCGGCCUCGACCUCCGCGGAGGAAGCGAAAGGAGUCUACUUCGGCCGAGGAGGACAUCAUCGAUGGCUUCUCCAUCACAGGCUUCGUCACCCUUGAGGCUCUAGAGAAGAACAUGACGUUGGCGCCCCAGGAGAGCAGAAAGAGUCAAGCCGGCCCCCUGCAUAAGAAGAAACCUCCCAAACUGCCCAACGGCUUGAGCCUGGAGUCAUGCAGGAACAACAACCACCAGCACCAGUCGUCAGACCAGGAGAACAAUCCCCGCCUGGCACACACACAGGGGAAGAGGAAGAAGAAACGCCUGAAGAAGAAGCGUACGAUGCUGAAACCUGGGCAGAACAACGGCAAGGACAGCGACAGUGAGAGUGCGGGCGGCGAGUCCAAGCCUUCCAUCAGGAGCAGCUCCAGAGACAGACUGACAGAUUGUGACACAGAGAGUGACCAGGAAGACAAGGUUUCCGAUGCCAGUUCAGAGAAAUUUUUCAGCACAGCAACAGCUAAAGGUCCAGAUUUUGGCAUCAAUGCUCUUUCCACCAAUGGCAGCCAGGAGCCUCACGGCCCGGGCCUCCUCAAGGUUUCAGGCCUAGAACGGAGUCAGGAAAGGAGUCAGGAGAGCUGCAGGGACCCUCAGCUUCCUGAGUCCACCACCUUAAGUCCAGCUCUCGCCUUGCCGCAGCCCGAGGUCUCCGUCGCCCAGACCCCGGCCCCGCUGCAGACCCCAACAAACAGCUCCGCCCAGGCUCCGACUCCGGCCCCGCCUCUUCCACGCUCCGAGGCUCCCGCCGCCCCUCGGACCCCUGCAGCCCUGCCUCUUGCCCAGAGCCAGGAGACCUCACCGCCUCCUCUUCCCCGACCCCAGCCACAGCCAGAACACCCUGCCCACACAAGACCUCAACCAACACCGAGUCUUCAUCCCCACCCUCCGUCCCCCGCCCUUCCUACCCACAACCCCCACCAACAGCACCCCAAUCAGGCGGGGCCUCAUCGGCCCCCAUCACGCUGCCACCCCAGGCCCCUUUCUGCUUACAACGGCCUCAACCUUAACGGCCACAGCAGCAGCAGCAGGAGCAGCACCCCAGGCACCAAGCUGCACGGAUCCUCUGCUCCCGCCUUGCACCUGUCCAACCAGCCGCCUGCUCCGACAGCCGCCGCCUUCCCUCUGUCUCUGGCGGCCAACCAGAGCGCCCCCCACAGCUUCCCCUCUGCGCUGCAGUCCUCGCCACAUCCUCAUCACCCCAAUAUGUUUGCGACUCCAGCAGCAUUGCCUCCACCACCACCACUGACAUCGAGCACCCUGCCGGUAACUGGACAUCCCACUGCUGGGAGUGCCUAUUCAGAACAAGACCUUCUCCGUCAGGAGCUCAACACCCGAUUCCUGGCCUCUCAGAGCGCAGACCGCGGUGCCUCGCUGGGCCCACCGCCCUACCUGCGAACGGAGUUCCACCAGCACCAACACCAGCAUCAGCACCAACACACCCACCAGCACACGCACCAGCACACCUUCACGCCCUUCCCCCACGCCAUCAUGCCCACCCCAGCACCACCCAUGGUGCGUACCCCAACCAGAAAUUUUGACAAAUACCCAACAAAAGUCGAUCCCUUCUACAGACACAGUCUCUUCCACUCAUACCCUCCAGCCAUGUCUGGCCUCCCGCCUGUCAUUCCUCCCACCGGGCCCUUCAGCUCCCUGCAGGGAGCCUUCCAACCCAAGACCUCCAACCCGUUGGACGUGUCCAGCAGACCCGGGGCGGUCCCUCACACGUUCUUACAAAAGGACCCGAGGUUAACGGAUCCGUUUCGGCCCAUUCUGAGGAAACCUGGGAAGUGGUGUGCCAUGCAUGUCCAUAUCGCCUGGCAGACGUAUCACCACCAACAGAAAGUGAAGCAGAUGCAGGUCGACCCUCACAAGCUAGACUUUGGCCUCAAGCCCGAGUUCCUCAGUCGACAUCCAGGCCCCAGCCUGUUUGGUGCCAUCCAUCACCCAAGUGACUUGGCACGGCCUGCUACGCUCUUCUCUGCUGCAGGUCCUACCCACCCAUCAGCUGCUCCCUUCGGCCACCCUCCCCCUCAUCCAGGAAACUUCCUCACCCCAGCAUCACACUUAGGCAAGAGGACUCUCCCCUUUGAGCCUUUCAAUAGGCCGUCAUCGUUUGGAGGACUCGGGUCUCUCAGUUCAUCGGCCUUCGGGGGGCUUGGAAAUCCAGCACUCAAAUCCCUAACAGCGGCCAACUCCGUGUUCGGCCACAAGGACGGCCCCAACGCACCGCAGCACUUAAACAGCAGCAACAGCAGUCACCAGGAGCCGUGGAACCGCCUCCACCGCACGCCGCCCUCCUUCCCCACGCCGCCGCCCUGGCUGAAGCCCGGAGACUCUGAGAGGAGCGCCUCAGUCAGCUCGCAUGAGAGGGAUCGGGACUCGGAUAAGCGGGACUCCGUCGGUAAAGAUGACAAAGAGAGGGACUCGGUAGAGAAGCGCCAGCCAAGCCAUCCAUCCCCGGUCCCCGUCCAUCCAAUCAACCUCCUCGGCCACACCCGACCCCCUGAGCACCACAGAAACCACCUGCCUCCCACUUCUGGGGACCCUCAGAGGGACAAGGAAACGAAGGCCAAAGACAGAGAAAGGGAGCACCAAGACUCUUGGAAGGACAACGCAGAUGACCACAAGCUUAAAGACAAUCAGCACAGUGACAAGGACGCACCAGUCAUCCAUGAUGGCCGAGUGUCUGAGGACAAGGUGACCAGCAGGGGAACCACGUCGCCCUACGUUCGGCAGACCAGCCUGGAGCGUCCUAAUGGCGGUCUGAGCAGGGAGGUCCUGGAGAAGAAGGCGGAGCCACCAUACGAGCAGCAGAAGAAGAACAGUGAGAUCAAAGUGAAGGAGGAGAGGAAGGAGGAGCAGGAUGGGGCAGUAGAGAGGAUCAGUGAACCCCCGACACAGGCACCCUCCACUCCAACGCUCCACCCACCCUCCUCGGUGCCCGUUCCAAUGGGAAUGCCAGGGGUCCACCCCAUCAACAGCAUCAGUGGUCUGGAGAGAACUCGUGUUGUGGCCCCCUUCAUGGGUGCCAGCCCCCUUCCUGGGGCUGAGAGGUUUCCCUAUCCCGCUUUCCACUGGGACCCAAUGAGAGACCCUUACCGAGGCCUGGACAUCCACAGAAGGGACCCUUUGGCCAGGGACCUUCUGCUGAGGAACGACUCUCUGCACCGGCUUGCGGUUCCACGCCUUUACGAGGCCGAGCGCUCCUACCGGGACCGGGAGCCUCACGACUUCAACCGCGACCAUGUCCAUUCUCUGGCCCUGGAGCAGCGGAGGGAGCAGGAGCGCGCACAACUGGAAGAACGCGACCGCCUCAACAUGCUCAGAGAGGACUACGAGCACGGCCGCCUCCAUCCCUCCAUGCACCAUCCGGUCCUGGACGGACACCUUCCUCACCCCGCCUCGGGCCUUAUGGGCCCGGGGCUCCCAGGCAUGCACUACUCCAGGGUGAGCCCAUCAGCUGCAGCAGCCGCUGCUGCCGCGGCGCAUCAGAACAGCAUCUUAAACAAAACGCCACCCACAGCGUCGCUAAGCGCUCCCCCGCCUCUCAUCCCGACCCUGGGUGCCCGGCCCGGUUCCCCCAGACGGACUACUCCGCUGGCCACAGACAUCAGGGACAGACCGACUCACAAAGACAUCGAGGCGCGAUGAGUUGUGUCGGCGUUCCCGUCAGCCCAGUGCCUCACCGUCACUAAACUCACACCCAGCACUUAGCUUUGGACAAAGCGAGACUGUAACAUAGCUGUGAAUAAUUUAUGUAGGCAGACGUGUCUACACAUGUUUUUGUAUAAAACUAAAAUGAAAGGACCUUUGUUUUUUUGUUGUUGUUUUUUUUAGUUUGCUCCAUGGUUUUGUGUGUUUAUCCUGUAUAGCAAAAGUGAUGUGGAGUAAGACUAAACUUUGGAAUGUACAGCUACUUUAGCACUGACAGUCAUGUAGAUAAUGUACAGUCGCUGUUGCUCACUCUGUAUGGAUUGAAAAAUCAUGGUACAAAUAUGCAAAAGAGUGUUUCGAAAGCUUUACUUUGACUAAAUGUAAAUCUAGAAGUAUUAAGGCUUUGAUUCAGAAUGUGCUUUUUGCUAUUUGUUUUCUUUUCAGCAUGUUCCAGAUACCCCACACCCCCACAUACAACUAUGCAAACAAACGUCUGGGCUCCUGUUCUGAAAGCUGGCCUUCUCAGCGCUGCUGAUCGUGCACCAAUAGAGGAAAAGAUGGCUGAAUUCUCUUCACCACACAAAAUUCAUAGUGAAACACACAAGCUUUAAAUGGGACCUACUAUGCUUCCUUGAUCAGGUUACGAUAGGUCAGCGCAUGUUCGUUACAAAAUCACUCCUGAAUAAGGAGACUUUAUGCUGUUUUAGAGCUUCGUCGCUUUAAAUCCAAAUAAGCUUCUGCUGUCCACGCCCCCUAACUCAAUGUUUACACUCACAAGAGAAAAUGAUUGCAAACUGAUGCACAAUUAUAUUACCAUUUGUCUUUGAAAAGCAGAAAUGGAGCCUCCUGCACAAGCAACAAUAGUACACCAAGUGGUUUUGAGAUUGUAAGUCAAAAACACUUGUCUUUUCCAGCAGCCAUUGCACAGCCCAUACUGUGGUAAAACCUCCUGACCAAACAUGAUGAAGAUCAGGUUCUGGGGUUGGUCUGCUGAUUUGUGGCGUUACAUUCUGAGGGUUUUUGAAAUAGAUCCUUUACAAGACACCAAAAAACAUUAACUUAUUGCCAAAAACUGGCUGGAUGUUUUCUUUUUUAAGCACUUGGGCUGUUUUUAAAAGUGCAAAAACUUGCAAAAAUGUGAAGUUGGCAUAAUAGGUCCCCUUUAACUGCUCCACGUUCUCGGAUUCAACUAAAUGAUCGUUUUUAAGAAUGAUCCUAUCAUUGUAGUGACAAUCUGCAUUCCUGUAUUGAAUCCUAAAGUAUUUUCUUAAAUGUAGCUUCUCAAUGAAUAGUUUAUUUUGUCUCCCAUCGUUCUGGUUCUGGGGGGGGGAAUGCAGCCCAGUCAACACCAGGAAGGCACGUUAGCCCAGCUGAUGGUGUGUAAAGUACAUGUUUCGGGAAUGAAGUUCUGUUGGUCGGACAGUGUAAUUAAGUGCUUUCCUAAGUUGUCAUACCUACAAAUACAAAAAGACAAAAAAAAAAAGCAAGUCUGAGCUACGGGCCGUUCGUUUCUAACUCGCAGAGAUCUAUUUUAGUAGUUCCUGAAGGUUUUAGUUGUGCGCUUCAAAAGAAAAACAAAAAAACAAACAAACAAAAAAAAACUCUGUGAUAUCAUGUUGUGCAGUGGGUUUUUUUUUUUAAUCUAUUGAUAAAAUUGUCCACCAGAGCCAUAGUGGUUAGUUAAUGCGUAAUGCAAAAAGAUUGUUACCUGAGAAACUCUUUUGCUGUUUACCGUGUACAGAGGGAGAAAAAAAAAAACUUUCUAGCUCAUGUACAAAAAAAAAAUGAAGCGACUGAAUCUUCAGCAUGUUCCUCAUUUAAACUUGUGAUAUGUAAAUUGUGCCAUGUUAUUAAAAAAUGUGUACUUUA